AUGGCUGUGGAUAAAGACCCGGUAGACAAGCUGGCGUACGUUUCCAAUGAGGCUGCUGAAGCCAUCUCCUCCUCGGAUGAAGGAUACCCAGAGCCAAACCAGCCACUGGAUCCAGAGUUGGAAAAAAGAGUCCUGCUCAAGAUUGAUCAUUGGCUGGUCGGCUUUUAUAGCCUAGUUUAUGUGUUUCGGGUGAUCGAUUCGGCAAACUAUUCCAACGCCGCUAUCAUCAACCUCGAACAUGGUACCGGAAUCAAGAAGCAGCUAGGCCUCACGCCCGGGCAAUGGGCCUGGACGCUUUCGAUCUUCUCAUAUAGUUAUUUACUCUUUGAACCGUCCAACACCUUGCUGCUGAAGCUGUUCAAGCCUUCACGAUGGAUGUUUGUUCUCAUUCUGGCUUGGGGAAUUUCCGCCUGUUCCAGCGCUGCAGCACAGUCGUUUCAAGGAAUGAUGUGUGUACGCUUCGCAAUAGGCAUGGCGGAAGCAGGGUUCUACCCAGCCGUGUUAUACCACUGGAGCUUUUUUUACUUACCGUCUGAACUGCCAAGAAGGAUGGCCUUGUUUUAUUCGGUCGGGCAGCUCUCAAAUGCCUUGAGCGGACUUCUUGCGUUUGCAAUCGGCUUCAUGGAUGGAUUAGGAGGACUCGCGGGCUGGAGGUGGCUCUUCCUACUUGAAGGGUUACCGGCCAUAAUACUUUCGUUUGUUGCCUUUGGACUUCCAGAUUAUCCUGAGACAGCUAGAUUCCUAACCGCCGAGGAGCGGGCUUUUCUUGCAAAGCGUCUGGCAGCAACGGCCCCCAAAGGCACAAAAGGCCACUGGGACUGGACGAGUCUUCGAGAAUUGUUCAAAAAUCCCACACUCUAUACUUUUUCUCUUUACUGGACCUGCCACGGGAUCGGCGGAUUUGGUGUGAAUUAUGCGCUGCCGACUGUGGUCUAUCAGCUGGGCUUUACCACCACGUCAAAGUCUCAAUUGAUGAAUAUUCCUCCAUAUGUCUCUUGCUUUUUGUUCCUAAAUACGAUGGGGUAUUUGAUCUCAAGAAAGCGGAUUAGACCUUGGGUAGCCGCCGCCACCAUUGAAUCCACCAUAAUCAUCUGUUAUAUCAUCCUCGUCACAGUCGAUCAGCCAGUGGUACGGUAUCUCUCGUUGAUUGUUGCAGUUUCGUGCGCUGGGUCCGCUUAUCCAGUGAUCUGGCCCGAACGAAUCCGGGCACUAGAGGGCACAGUAGCAGCUGGAAUUGGCAUCGGAUUAACGAAUGCAUGUGCUCAAUGGAGUGGCAUUGUUGGACCUCAUGUGUAUUCCACCAUCUAUGGUCCAAGAUAUCGCGUGUCAUAUGCGGUUUGUUUGUCGAUCCUGGUGGUCGGGAUUGCUUCCAUUUUGAUCACAUGGUCCCUUGUGCGGCGCAAAGAUCAAAAACGCAGGGCACAGGCCCAAGCCUAG